UCCAGCUCUUCCCUCGGCCCUCCCCAUUCCUGUAUCACUUGCCCCACAAAUGCCCUUGUGACUGCUUGGAGGCCUCUUGCUGGAGGUUGAGUUAGCUGUCCCGCUGAAGAACUCUCCCAGAAGAAGCAUUAUAAACAAACAUAAAGAACACAUCCUACCCUGAUCCCUGGAUGCUGUUGGACCUGAGGAUUUCAGCUACUUCGGGAUCUUCUGGAGACAGUUCAAGAAAAGUAGAAAAAGGCAACAUUGAAGGAUUUUUUUCCCGCUCAUAUCAGACCUUAAAUUUUCCAUUGUUUGGAGCAAGUGAAAGUCGGCUUGGUCCUGUGGAUUUAAGGAUACCCAAAUUCCUUCUAUAUUUAUCAUUGAAAAGUUGUAAGCUCCAAAUCUUUCGGCAAAAAUUCACUGAAUUCUGGAUCCUCUUUCUAUUUAGAAUUUCAGCAAUAGAAACGUUCUCCACAAAGCAAUUCUUCUGUGUUUUUUCAGGCUAAAUGUGAAUAAGAAUGUCUUGGAAAAGAAACUACUUUUCAGGGGGCCGUGGUAAUGUUCAAGGGAUGUUUACUCCACGGAGCUCAACCUCUAUUGCCCCUAGCAAAGGCCUCAUCAACCAGCCUGGGCAAAAUAGCUGCUUCCUCAAUAGUGCCCUGCAGGUUUUAUGGCACUUGGACAUCUUCCGACGUAGUUUUAGGCAGCUUACAACUCACAAGUGCAUGGGGGAUUCCUGCAUCUUUUGUGCUCUCAAGGGAAUCUUUAACCAGUUUCAGUGCAGUAGUGAAAAAGUGCUUCCAUCCGACACUCUUCGAAGUGCUCUGGCAAAGACUUUUCAGGAUGAGCAACGUUUCCAGCUGGGAAUUAUGGACGAUGCUGCUGAGUGCUUUGAAAACCUUCUAAUGAGAAUUCACUUCCACAUUGCUGAUGAAACUAAAGAGGAUAUAUGUACUACCAAACACUGCAUUUCCCACCAGAAAUUUGCCAUGACAUUAUUUGAGCAGUGUGUGUGUACUAGCUGUGGUGCGACUUCUGAUCCUCUGCCUUUCAUCCAGAUGGUGCAUUACAUUUCCACCACUUCUCUUUGCAAUCAGGCUAUUUGUAUGCUGGAGAGAAGAGAGAAGCCCUCGCCUCGCAUGUUUGGGGAGCUGCUGCAGAAUGCCAGCACCAUGGGGGACCUGCGGAAUUGUCCGAGCAAUUGCGGAGAGAGAAUUCGGAUUCGCCGUGUGCUGAUGAAUGCACCACAGAUCAUCACCAUUGGGCUGGUUUGGGACUCAGACCACUCAGAUUUGGCAGAAGAUGUCAUUCACAGUCUGGGGACCUGCCUUAAGCUGGGUGAUCUAUUCUUCCGUGUGACUGAUGACCGGGCCAAGCAGUCGGAGCUGUACUUAGUGGGAAUGAUCUGCUACUAUGGCAAACAUUAUUCUACAUUUUUUUUCCAAACAAAGAUCCGUAAAUGGAUGUAUUUUGAUGAUGCGCAUGUCAAGGAGAUUGGGCCCAAAUGGAAAGAUGUGGUGACCAAAUGCAUCAAGGGGCAUUAUCAGCCUUUGCUGCUGCUCUAUGCGGACCCUCAGGGGACCCCAGUGUCCACACAGGACCUGCCCCCUCAAGUCGAGUUCCAGCCAUACAGCAGGACGUGCUAUGACAGUGAAGACUCAGGGAGGGAGCCUUCCAUCUCCAGUGACACUCGAACAGAUUCCUCUGCGGAGAGCUGUCCCUACAAACACUCCCACCAUGAGUCUGUGGUCAGUCACUUCUCUUCUGAGUCUCAGGGGACAGUCAUCUAUAACGUGGAGAGUGAUUCCAUGUCUCAGAGCAGUCGGGACACAGGACAUCUGACUGACAGCGAAUGCAAUCAGAAACUCACGUCCAAGACAGGGUCACUGCUGGAACGCAAGAGGAGCUCUGGCCGAGCGAGGAGGAAGGUGGAUGAGUCGCGAGCCUCCGGGUACCACAGUGAAGGAGAAACACUGAAAGAGAAGCAGGCUCCUAGGAACGCCUCAAAGUCAUCGGGCAGCACCAACAGGCUGAGGGACUUUAAAGAGACGGUCAGCAACAUGAUCCAUAACAGACCAUCCCUGGCCUCGCAGACCAGCGCGGGCUCUCCCUUUGCAGGGAAGGGAGGACACCAGACUGACAAGAACCUGAAGAACUUGCCUUUAUACUCUCGUGACUGGGAAGGAGAGAGCACCAGCAGUGAGUCAAAAUCCAGUUCUUCCAGCAAGUAUCGCCCAACAUGGAGACCCAAGAGGGAAUCUCUGAAUAUUGACAGUAUCUUUAGUAAGGACAAAAGGAAGCAUUGUGGCUACACCCAACUCAGUCCCUUUUCUGAGGAUUCAGCUAAGGAAUUUACACCAGAUGAACUGAGCAAGCCACCUGCUUAUGAGGUUAAAACUGGUGGACCCAGCCCUCCGUGGAAGCCCGCGGGCACUGCGCGGCCAGGUGCUCACCUGUUAGAGCAGCAGCCUCGCCUCAUCCAGCGGAUGGAGUCGGGCUAUGAGAGCAGCGAGAGGAACAGCAGCAGCCCUGUCAGCCUGGACGUCGCCCUGACGGAGAGCGCGAGUGCCAGCAGGGACCUGAGUGCUAAGAGGUUAGCUGGGUUGGCACCUUCCUGGCGCCACAUCCCAAAGUCUCACAGCAGUAGUGCCCUAGAGGUGGACCCCACAGCAUCCAGGAGUGGCUGGACAAAGAAUCAACCCCUCUCAGGUGGAGAGGUGGCUGCCAAAAGUGAACUGGAUGAAUUGCAGGAAGAAGUGGCCAGGAGGGCCCAGGAGCAGGAACUUAGAAGGAAACGGGAGAAAGAAUUAGAGGCAGCUAAAGGGUUUAACCCUCAUCCCAGUCGCUUCAUGGACUUGGAUGAACUUCAGAAUCAGGGGAGGAGUGACGGCUUUGAGAGGUCCCUGCAAGAGGCAGAUUCAGUGUUUGAAGAGUCACUACAUCUGGAACAGAAGGGCGAAUGUGCUGCAGCUUUGGCUCUCUGUAAUGAAGCUAUCUCUAAACUAAGACUUGCCCUGCAUGGUGCCAGCUCUAGCACGCACAGCAGAGCGCUAGUCGAUAAGAAGUUGCAAAUCAGUAUUCGAAAAGCACGGAGCCUGCAGGAGCGCAUGCAGCAGCACCCAGCAUCCCAGCAGCCGCCGCAGCCCUCAGCCUGCCUCCCUGCACAGGGGGGCGCCCUUCCUCACCCGACCAGUGAACAGCAUGUCCCGCUCCAAGUAUUGUUAAACAAGGAGGCCCAGUUGGAACCCUCCACGAAUACAGAAUUUGGGGCCAGUUCUUUCGUCCGUUCACCUGCUUCCUGCCAUGAAUCACAUUCAUCGCUAUUCCGAGAGUCAUCUUCCCUGUCUGUCCCACUGCGCAGUUCCCCCGCCAGGUCUGCCUCAAACCUGCUGACUUCAGUUGAGGUGGCCAGCAGUGACCCCUCCGCGCACCGUGGGCAUUGCUUGCCUGGAAUGCCGGGUAGGGCUGAGAAGAAUUCAGGCUAUGACUGGGAAACAUCGGAUACACCCGAGGGUCAGCUGCGUGGCCACAGAGGAGACAGUGGCACCUGUAGUAGAUUUCCCUCUCAAGAAGGAAGAGGCAUUUCGAAAGAACAGCUAUUCCAAGACAGGAGGGAUCCUGCUGACUCAUCCCAGGCUAUGGUUUGUUCCCACGCAGCUGGAAGAGCCCCCUGUGAGAGGGGAGACACACAGAACCCAGCCUGCCGUCCUUCCAGCCCGUCCGCUCAGCCCAGCCUUCCCCUCCACAGGGCCUACCGUCCCGUCACGUCGGAUGCUUCCUCAGUUGCGCUUCACUCUCCCGAUGAUGUGCAGAAAACUAACCAAUGUCUCCAAGCCAAAAGCCUCAAAGCUUCGUUGCCUUCCACAUUGGACAGAGGUAGCGAGGAGCCCUAUCGGCCAGAGUUUGCCGGCACAAAGGGACUCGUCCGUUCUUUGGCAGAACGGUUCCAGGGAAUGCAAGGUGCCUCCACAAGGGCUGGGACAGGUUCCCAGGAUAGAAGUUUGCCAAAUAGUCUCAGAAAGAACUCUUCCCCUCCUGACUCCAAGCCUCCGUUCUCACGGGAUCAAGGGAAAGGCCACUGGCUUUGGGCAAUACAGCAACCCUCUCAGGCGGGCAGGGACAGACUGUCUGCCAGGGAAGAGCCUGGAAGUCACUCUGCUGCUCUGACCUCUGUGCUGCCUAAUGGGGACACUCCUAGGGGAGGGCAGCCCAGGCUGACAGAGCCAGCUGGGUAUCAGCGGAAGCUGGCCCCAGUGAGAGCUGCUAGCCCUAAGGAACUGGGCAGCAGUGUCAACUUGGGGAGUUCCUUGCCUUUGGAUUCCUGGGUGAAUGCCACAAGACUCUGUGAUUCUCAGUUUAAACAUGGGGUCCCUGGGCCAGGAGUGAAGCCCUCUCCAUACGAUCCUCAUCCCUGUGUGGCCUAUCCAGAAAGAAACCACAUCCUUUUGCAUCCACAUUGGAACCAAGACACAGAACAGGAGAUGUCAGAAUUGGAGUCUCUCUACCAGGCCAGUCUUCAGGUCUCUCAAGCUGGCUGUUCUGGAUGGGGGCAGCAGGAUGUGACUGGUGACCCACUUAGCCAAACAGGCUCAGCAGAUGGUAUGGGGAGAAGAUUGCACUCGGCCCCUGGCCUUGGUCUCUCAGAGACCCCGACAGCUGAAAUGGAGCACAGUCUUCAUGAAGCCAGCACAGUGCCUGCUUCUCAGGACUCAUCAAAUACGAGGAAAAAGCCUUUGGAAACCCGGCACCGUUGUUCCAGCUCCUCUUCCCUCCCUGUCAUUCAUGACCCUCCUGUGUCUCUCCUUGACCCCCAGUUCUACCCUUCCCAACCACAGUUCCUGCCCCCAGAUGUCUUGAUACCCAGCGUGGCAGGGGAGCCCCAUAGAUCCCCAGGAACUUCGAGGAGUGUCCAGCAGUUUCUGGCUAUGUGUGACAGGGGUGAAACUUCCCAAGGGGUCAAGUACACAGGAAGGACUUUGAACUACUGGAGUCUCCCGCAUCGUUCCAGAACAGACGCCUCCUGGGGACCCUGGUCAGGGAGCAACCAGCAUACUGAGGCUAGAUUCCUGACUACUCCGGGAUGCAAGCCUCAGCCAACCCACACUGCCACAUUACCAGAAAGGCACCAGGGUCUUCAGGCUCCUCAUAUGCAGUCCUGGGGGGAUCUACUCUAUUCACCCUCUGUCCCUUCUACUGUCCACCGCGUGUCAGCUCCAUCCAGCAGUCUCCACACAACCCCGGGGUCAGGCUGGAAUGCAACUCCUGGUCCAGGGUCUCAGGUCUCUGGUCCUCGGAGAGUAGAUAUGCCUCCAGAUGAUGACUGGAGGCAGAGUAGCUAUGCCUUGCAAUCUGGGUGCAGGAGGACAGGGGGAGAGGAGUUUCUGUUUGCUCUAGCAGACACCCCCAGAAGACAACAGAUCAGGGCUAAAGUCCCACAGCACAGCAGGUGGUAAGGGCCACCUCUCUCUGCUUCAUGGAACCAACAGCUUUCUCUCAAAUGAGAUGACCACAGAGUUGGCACCCUGCAGCCCUGUUGGGUGCACUGGUUUCUUCUCUGCUUCUCCAGUUGGCAGUUUCUUCUAGGUGUGCCAAAACCGCUAACGCGACCUGGCUCUCUGAGAGGGAAUAUUUGACAUUCUAAUGUCCAUGCAUCUAGCAAAAGGAAGCAGCUACUGUUUAGGAUUUCAUUUGAGCCUCUCUGAAGAGGAGUCCAUAAUUUUUUUUUUUAACAUUAGCCAUUCCUUAGAAUUUUAGUGUAAUUAUUUCAUUACUGGAUACUUUAUACCCUGCCCGCACCUAAGCCCUCGUCUGCUGAACCCUAUUGUAUUACAGCUUCUGUUCUUUGUUUUUUAUCCACCUGCUCCCAUUACCAGACUUUAUCCUUAGAACAUGUAGCUCUGUUUUCAUGGUCCUGGCUAUUAAAGGCAGCCCUUCUGCCCAGCAGGUACUAUGUUUUGUACCCGAAACUUGGGCCGGGAAUGCAGAGCUGCCAGUGUAACAUUUCCCCUUCUGAAGAGAUGGAUCAGCCACACUAACUCACCCUCUUGUCAGCAGCAAGCCAUUACUGCCACUUGCUCUGUUGCCAUUGUAAACCCUCAGAGUCAGUUGAAAUAUUUUAGGACCAAACAUACUGUUUUUGUAAACUAUUUUUCAUUAAUAAAUCUAUAAGAUAGUUCUAUUUAAUUUCUUGUUAUCCCUUUUGUAUGCCUUUGUUCUU